AUGCAAGUGGAGGAGGAGGAGGAGGAGGAGGAGGAGGAGGAGGAGGAGGAGGAGGAGGAGAUGAUGCAAGGGGAGCUGGGAUCACGCAAGGUCAAGGAGAGGAGGGCAAGUGGUAUGGGAAACGGGAAACGGAAACGGGGAAAAAGCUGGGGAAAUAGAGUUGUUGGGUAG